GAGAUGAAGUAAAGUAGAGCCGCAGCACAGACGAGGAGGCAGAGUCCGACAACCUCUACCCCCAAAAAGCCUCCACUUAGUCAGGCUAUGCUCAGAGAAUACUUCUGGAUUUGGGGAUUUCCAUGGACUCGGAAUCUGAGGGGUUUUUAUUUGUUUAAAUCAAUGUAGGACAUGCGCCGGCGUUGAGUAAAUUUGGUUGAUUUGCGUCAGACAAAACGUGCAUUUUUUUCCCCUUUAUUGCGCACAAAGACAUCAGGAGCAACCUGGACUACUCGUGUGAAACAGGAAUGGUUUAUCCUCCCGAAGGUUUAUUCUACAUCGAAAUGGAUCAAGCGCCACCAGCCCUUCCCCCCAGGUCAACAAAGCCAGUGUCUUCCACCAUGAACAACAACUGCCUUUCACCACCUGCGUAUUCGCUACAGGAGGCUGAAUGGUACUGGGGCGACAUAACCAGGGAUGAGGUGAACGAGAUGCUCAGAGACACACCUGACGGCUCCUUUCUGGUCCGCGACGCGUCCACGAAGCUUCAAGGAGACUUCACCCUGACGUUAAGGAAAGAGGGGCACAACAAGCUGAUCAAGAUUUACCACCACGACGGGAAGUAUGGUUUCUCCGACCCGCUUACCUUCACUUCAGUGGUGGAGCUCAUUUGGUAUUACCAGCACCAUCCGUUGGUGGAAUACAAUGCCACACUGGACCUGAUGCUCACCCAUCCCGUGUCCCGCUUCCAGCCGGUGAAGGAGGACAGCGUCGACGUCACGGGGAGAAAGCUGAAAGAGGUUCACUGUCGGUAUCAAGAGAAGUCCAAGGAGUUUGAUCGUCUCUACGAAGCCUUCACGAAGACGUCACAGCAGGAAAUACAAAUGAAGCGCACGGCGAUCGAGGCGUUCAACGAGACCAUGCUGAUCUUCGAGGAGCAGUGUCGGGAACAGGAGCGUUACGGGGAGGGGUUCGAGCGAAGCGGCCAGUCCGAGGGGGCCAACACAGAUCUGGAGAGCUUUCUGAUAAACUACGAGAAGCUGAAGUGCAGACUUGGGGAGAUUUACGACAGCAAAAUCCAUCUGGAGGAGGACUUGAGAACGCAGGUGGACGACUACAGAGAGACAGACAGGAAGAUGAACAGCUUGCGACCUGAUCUCAUCCAGCUGCGCAACAUCAGAGAUCAGUACCUCAACUGGCUUAACCACAAAGGCGUACGGCAAAAACGCAUCAACGACUGGCUGGGGAUUCAAAGCGACAGCCUCGACGACACGUACGUGUUGAAAGGCGACGAGAAGAAUCUGCCGCAUCAGGACGAGGCGAGCUGGUUCGUCGGUGAACUGAGUCGGACGCAGGCGGAGGAGAUGCUCCAAGGGAAGGCUCCUGGAACAUUCCUGAUCCGUGAGAGCAGCAAACAGGGAUGCUACGCCUGCUCUGUUGUCGUGAAUGAAGAGGUGAAGCAUUGCAUGAUUUACAGCACGCCGCACGGGUACGGCUUCGCCGAGCCCUACGACGUCCACUGCUCCCUCAAAGACCUCGUCCUGCACUACCGCCUGCACUCCUUAGCGCAACACAACGACGCCCUGGACGUCCGGCUAUCGCACCCAGUACACGCCAAAGCCGCGGCGGCGACGCCGUCGCAACACGCCGACGAACACAAACUCUUACAGACUCCGAAGCACGCGGCAGGCCUCCCGCCGGCCGCGCCGGAGAUGUAACCCGACGGGGACGGGCGGAAAGGACAUGUUUACUGUAUCCUGCGAGAACGACUGCAUCGAGGUGCAUUGUGUCAAAUUUUGCACUACGGCGAUUCUAACGGCUUUUGUGAACGGGAUUUCACAGAUUGAAGUGGGACUGGAACUUGAAUGUCAGCUUGAACUUCUAUUUCUUUUUCAAAGAGACUGUUUAAGCUUUCAAAAAAAAAUUAUACUGCAUUUACUGCGGCUUGUUUAAUGGGACACCUUUUCCGUAGGGAUGUCGACAACCGGAAACCCGGAAAACUGCUCACUGGCAUCAGGUGCUGCACCUUUAUUUGACUUCAGCUUUUAUAGAGUUGAUGUUGCUGGAUAUGUCCAUUUCCCUAUAGUUAAAACUUACAGAGUUCUAACAAAGAUGUAUUGGGUUACUUACGCUACUACUUAGUGCAUUUGUGAGAGGAACAUUUGUGCUGUAAACAGGCUGAUUCCGUCGUAUCAGUUUGGUGGACCAAAAUACUUUUGAGUAAAAGCCACGUGUGAAUAUAUGAAACGUCGUGGUGUAUGUUGGCAGUUUGCCCUCUUCAUAUACAGUGGAUAAUUAUGUAGCAUUAAAACCUUGUAGAAUACCAUUGUAAGAGCAUACUCAAUGUUAUUCCCAUUGACCAAAGCACUUGAUAAUGAGCAAAUCUACAUCCCUGUUUAGUUGGGUAACUGCGUCGGGGAAAAGGGAGGGCAAUUCAUGUACACCUGCUGAUGUGCUGAUCAAGACAUAAUCUAAAGUACUGUAUGUUAUAUUCUGUUACUCAAAGAAGUAUAAGCUUUUUGUAUUCUAUAUAUAUUUUUUCUAUAAACAUGCCACAAGAUGAAAGCUUGAAGAAAGUGCAAUCCAACAGUAUUUCUUAUUGUUGCAAUGUAUGACGGCGGUGAAGGUAAUGGUGUUAUGAGAGGUCGACGUUUGCCACAAGAAUGCACUCUCUUUGGUGGUGUCGGUGUGAUAUGGCCUCCGAUGUUUGUGUGAACUGCCAGAGGUCCGGAAGUAUCCUGCCUCCAGUACUUGAACUGUGGCAAUUCCCCGAGCUAUGAAUGUUUUUCAUGACAUGCAGCCUACAUAGCUUAAGAGGAAAGGAAUCCAUGUUGAACUUGGCACAUUUUUCAAGUUUGCAGACAAUAGAUACCCUGUACAGAGAAACUGUAAUAUGUAUUUCUGUGGUUGGCUUUUGGAAGGAGGGUGAUUAAGCCUCUUUUAAAAAUAUAACUCUACUGGGGGACUGAGGAAACUCCUCAGGUGAAGCUAAGCAAUGUGAGAUCCUGACCUUUUCUUGCUGAGAGACAAUAAACUGAUGAGGGUUUUGUCGAUUUA